AACCUCGCAUCGCCACUCGGUCUUGCCCCAAGAUGCAUCUAGAUUGACGUGCAAGUCGGGCCAUCACAUCCUGCGCGAUCAGCCCAAGGGGCCCGCUCAGCGAGGGCUGACGCGGUCGUGCUCCUGCACUUUCUCUCACGAACGUUCACGACCUGGUGCAUCUGGACCUGUAGCGGUCGACAGGACCAGUUUUUAGUCUUUCCUUUCUUCUCGUUGUUCUUCAGUGCUCCUUUCCCAUUCCAUCGCCUCGAGAUGUCGGAGUCACUCAACUUGAACCUUAUUGCCGGCCCCCAGCUCAUCGGGGCAUUCUUCAACUGGGCGUUGCUCGGUGUCCUCAAUAUUCAAGUUUAUUUAUACCACACUUACUUCCCCAAGGACCGAUGGCCUUUCAAGUUGAUGGUCUAUGGCAUCCUCGCCUUCGAGUGGGUCCACACUGGCCUGGUCACCUCCGGCUGCAUGGAUAUCUAUGUCUACAACUACGGCAAUGUUGAGUCUCUGGUAUCGUUGCACAAUUCCUGGUUCGCCGUACCGGUCAUGUGUGCCAUCGUCUCCGUGUUCGUGCAAAUGUUCUUCGCAUGGCGGAUAUAUAAGUUCUCCAACUCGUACUUGCUGGCUGGCGGUGUCGCUACGCUGUCCCUUACGCAAGGCAUCUCUGCUCUCGUGGCCGGUGGGAUGAUGGAGCCCUUGAAGGCUGCUCAGGAUAUUGCUCAUGGCAGUAUCUUCCCUGCCAUCCUUGUAUGGUUAUCCGUCACAGCCGCAGCAGAUAUCAUCAUCGCCAUUCUCAUGACUGUUUUGCUGCUCAAGAGCAAAAACGGCUUGCCGCGAACUGAGGCUUUGAUCAACCGGAUGAUCCAGCUCGUCGUAGAGACUGGCAUGCUUACAGCGGGCUGCGCCGUGAUCAUGCUGGUCCUGGCGAAGGCCCCUCAGACGAAGAAUACCUUGCUAUACGAAGCCCUCUCGCUCACUAUCACCAAGGUAUACGCGAACACAUUCCUUACGAACCUUAACAGCCGGGCGCAUAUGCAAGAGGGCCUUCCGAAGGUGUCUCUGAACCGUCGCGGUAUGGAGAGUUCAAACGCUGCCACUUCGAGGGGAACGAUCAGUGCCGUCUCUCACCCUAUUAGUGGAUCAUACGAGCUACCGUCGUACCACAAGGGCUACGAGGUCAAUUCGUUCAACGAGCAGAAAUCUGAGGGCGACGUUCUGGCCAUCGCAUGAGCCUUGUCCUUGGAGCAGGUUACUGUGGGACAAUGGAUUAUAACUUAUUUGCUCCUUUCACCGUGUAGCCUUUUUUGAUACCAUUCAUUGCAAGAUAUCACCAGUUUUCAGACAUGCGCGUGUGAUUGUUACUCAUGUUGACGUCGACUUGGUAACUCACUGGCGUGUCGUUGGCGUUAUAGUUGUUGCGCUCAAUCUCAAUUCACCUUCGCGAGAUUCAGUGGUGUUUUCUGG